AUGUUUCUUUACUGGAGGAAGCGGGGUACCUAUGAGCUGGAGACCCUGCCCCAUGACCUGACCCAGCUGGAGCUGGGGGCCGUGGAACGCUUCUCCUGGAGCUCGGCUUUGGAUAUCAUUGAGGACUUGGAGGCCUGUGGCCUGCUGGCUGGGCAUGUGUUGCUGAAGAUCGCUUGCUUAUGGUGGUGUGGGGUCCCUCUGGAGAGCCACCGCAGAAGGGACAGGGCCCCAAACGUGAUGAUCAGAUGGAGGCCACCCGCCCCUGGCCCGCCCACCUCCACCGCGUCCUUAGACCCUGGGACCGCGGGUGGCAGCCUUUCAGAAAGAGUGGGGGCGCGGCAUGGAGCAGUGGGGGUGCGUGUGUGUCGCCGACCCGCGUGUCUGGGUGCAGGAGGCGCCUUCUCCUUGGAGGCACUUCCGGCCUCAGCAGCAGCCCCCGCUGCCACCGCCGCCGUGCGGCCCACGAUGCAGGAGGCCGAGAGGAAUCGGGGCGCACUAGGCGCGCGCGCGGCCAUCCGUGGAGAGGCCUGCGGGGCGGGGAGCAGGGCCGGGCCUGGGACCCCACCUGGGACACACCCCGUCUCUGGGGGAGGCGCCGUCGGGGGCCGCCGGCUCCCCGCCCCCCGCGGGCCGCCCCGCGCUCCUCCCACCGCCCACCUGCCCCGCCCCGCCUCGCGCGCCAGACGGCCGCGGCGCUCGGUUUCUCCGCUCCCGCGCUCGGUUCCCGGCUCCCGCGCUCGGCUCCGGGCGGCUCGGCGCCAUGGAAGACCAGAGCCCAGCAGAAGAGAAGGGGCUGCGCUGCCAGAACCCAGCCUGCAUGGACAAGGGCCGGGCUGCCAAGAUGAAGAUACCAAGGAUCGGAGAGGUCCUGUGACUUGGACAAGGCCCCACACUCCUAGAGGCAGCCCCUUCCUGGCACACAUUUGUGUGACAAUAGCUCUUGAGAGCUGUAGCAGCCUGCUCCUCUCUUCUGGGGUAUGCCACCAUGCUGAUUGCCAGCAGCUACACCGCCGGGGGCCCCUCAACCUGUGUGAGGCCUGUGACAGCAAGUUCCACAGCGCCAUGCACUAUGAUGGACAUGUUCGCUUUGACCUGCCCCCGCAAGGUUCUGUCCUGGCCCGGAAUGUCUCCACCCGCUCCUGUCCCCCACGCACUAGCCCUGCUGCAGAUCUGGAGGAAGAGGAGGACUGUGUGGAUGGAAGAGGGGACCGGAAGAGCACCGGCCUAAAGAUCUCCAAGAAGAAAGCAAGAAGGAGGCACACAGAUGACCCAAGCAAGGAGUGUUUCACUUUGAAAUUUGACCUCAACGUGGACAUUGAAACAGAAAUUGUGCCAGCCAUGAAGAAGAAGUCACUGGGGGAGGUGCUCCUGCCUGUGUUCGAAAGGAAAGGCAUCGCACUGGGUAAAGUGGAUAUCUACCUGGACCAGUCCAACACACCUCUGUCCCUCACAUUUGAGGCCUACCGGUUUGGAGGACACUACCUGAGGGUCAAAGCCAAGCCGGGAGAUGAAGGCAAAGUGGAACUGGGAGUGAAGGACUCCAAGUCCCUCAGUCUGCCCAUCCUGAGGCCCACAGGAGCUGGGCCACCUGUAUCGGAGCGUGUGGACCCUCAGAACCGCCGAGAGAACAGUCUGGACAUCUUGGCCCCUGGCCGCCGUCGCAAGAACAUGUCUGAGUUCCUGGGGGAGACGAGCAUCCCGGGGCAGGAGCCCUCCACGCCUUCCAGCUGUUCUCUGCCUCUUGGCAGCA